CGCGGCCACGCCACUGUGCUCGGUGCAUGCAACGGGCCAGGACGGGACCGAGCCCUGCUGUGAGGAGUCCACACACAGCAACUCUUUCCUUUCUGCCCUGGUUUCUCUGUUGCAGGUGCUCUCAAGUAUAAUCUGUUGGACUUGCUGACCCAGAGGCUUUAGAAAAUGUCUCCUGUCACACUGGCAGGAGGACUUCAGGCCAGAUUGCAGGACUUAGUGUCCUGUAGCCUUCCCAAGCCUUCUGUAAUUUAGGUCCCUUCCAGGCACCGCUGCAGCAAUUGCUGUCCUGCAGCUUUUCUGAGGUGUCUCUCCUGCAGCGAGCCAUAAAUCCAGACAUUGACAUGGCAGAGAGACCUCCCAGCCUACCCAAGAUGGUGGAAAAAUGCCCUAGUGGCGUCCUGCCACAGCAACGUACUGACUUGGAGCGGUUCCAGUUGCUGAAGAGGGAUUCAGCCAAGAUCCAGACACAAGGGCCAGACUCUUCCCGUAGCUGCUGGCACUCUGUAGGCCAGAUGUGUUCAAACGUCCCUUGGUGUCAAGAGAUGCUCACCAUGUUUACCAAGGGUGCAGCAGAGCCUGGCCCCACAGCCCCUCAGAGUAUAGCUGCUGCUCCCAGCCUGGAUCUUUUUGGGGAGAGAGUUGUCUCCAAUCCGAGUCAAGUGCCAGGCUUUGUGAGGAACAUGCACCAGAAGCUCGCGUCCGACGGGUCUCCAGACGACAGGCUGUUCAUGGACAUCCUGCGGCUGACUGAGGCACACCCCACCGAUGUCGCAGUGACCCUCCUGCGCUGUGCCCCAUCAUGUGACAGAGGUGCUGCAAUCAUGUGGAAGACCAUAGCCUCAUCAGGAACAACAGUGGAAAAGGUGCUGCCAACACUGCUUUGUGUGAUGGAUGGCUGGCCACUGCAAAAAAUGUACACCUCUGAUGGGGACAAUAAGGAUGUAUUUGCCCUGGCUGGAACCAGGGUGAUUUGGGAGAUGCUCCGCCUGCCCUGGUGCCCAGAGCCAUUUGUGGAAUAUUCCCCCAAUCUCCUUGUGGCUCUGCUCUGCCAAGUUCUCAUCACUACAGAGCAGAUGUCAGAGGACGUAAACACUUUCUGGAAGAGAUGUCAGGAGGAAAAUGGCCUUCCCACCAAUCCCAACAGCUUUGUAGUGAACACUGUGAAGGCAUUGUUCCACCAUCUGCAGUGUCUGCAUUUACUGAUGGCAAUGGAACGCAAGUGUGCUUGGGACACACUGCUGUGUGCCGACACCCACCACUAUGCAGUGGGUCUGCUGGCCAGGGAACUGCGCCAUGUCUCCCUACCCUUCUGUUCCUGCAUUGCACUCCGCCUGCUCACGCGGCUCAGCCGGGAGGAGCCACGCUGGGAACUGCCUGCCCUGGCCUUCCUCGUGGAGGUCCUGGAUUGCCUGGAUUUGAAUGAAUGGGGUAACAUCAUCCUGGAGAUCAUGACGAGGCACCUGCACAGCGAGUCCAUGGAGAGGUGUCGCCUGGCACUCAAAGGCCUCGUGGUCCUCAGCAGGGACCCCUCGAUGGCCAAAAAAAUGUGCGGCCUGUCUGAAUGCCUUGUGGAGCUACUGAAGAAUGAAGACACAGAGGUGGUUGAGAUGAGUCUCUCUGUGUUCACAAAUUUGCUCCUGAACAAAGAUAUCCUAACAUCCAGCCCCACAGCCCCGAAACUGGCUGAUGCGCUCCGGCCCCUCUUUGACAAUGACAACAGCCAUGUGCAGCUGCUGUCAAUUCGCCUCUACCAAAAGGUGAUGGAAUCGGUAGUGGAAAAGGGAAAAAAAACCCUGAAAAUGCAUGUGAGCCAGAGUCUGCUUCCUCUGUUCUUCCAUUGCCAUGAUGAGAACCGGCGUGUGGCACAGGCCUCUCGGGAAACGCUGCUUUCUGCAGUGCGCUUCCUGAAGAGGAAGGAUCUUAAGCAGCUGCUAAAGACAGACGACCCGUGGAGCUUUGCCGAGCGUGUGCUGGCAGAGGACAGGAGCCGAGCGACGGAGCACCUGCGCCUGGCCCUGCCGUACCUGCAGAGCCCACAGGAGCCCCUGCGAGAGGCGGCCGUCAGGUCCAUUGGGAUUGCCGGGAUGCUCAUGAGGGGACAGCCGGAGGAGCUGCAGCUCAUCUGUGAGGCCCUUCAAGCCCUUAGCACAGAUGACAGCCCCUCCAACACAAACCUGAUCGUUCGAGUCAUGUUCGAUGAAAGAGCUACAGCACUAAAUUCAUCUGAAUCAACGCAACCAGGACAGCACCAGAUCCCAUGCAAGAGGAGACAUCCUGGAGAUCAGAGGAGAGCAGCUGCAGCUCCAAGCACAGCUGAUGCUGGGCAGACCUGAGCUUGCCUUCCCUCUUUACUGCUCCCUGCCUGCAGCCCUCAGACCCUGCUUGUUCCCUUCUCCUUCUCCCAAGCUCAUCCCUCUGCUUUGCUUGCCAUUAAUAAACAUUUCAGCUUCUUCACCUUGUUUGUAUCUUUGUGGAGCUGAAGUGGAGCCAAACCUGAGCCCUGGAGCACACAGGCCCCAUCCUGCUGUUCUUUUCUGUGCUGCGUUUUGUGCAGAGAAACAAGGCAGAUCAUGCUGGAAAAUCUGGUUUCACAACAUUGUGGACCUAAGGGUCUUGCUGAGCACACUGAAUGUCACCAGUAGGACGAAGACCCUGGAUUUUAGAAGUCAACUUCAGUAUUUUCUGAAUCCAGCUGUGAGGGAUUCCAUGGCAAGCAUCCGCUGAAGGCAAAGGAGCUUGGAAUGCUGGAAGUUAUUCAACAAUAGCUUCCUUGAAAGCACAGCAGUGGUCCUUCCCUACAAAGGGAGAGGAAGAGGGCAGAACCAGAGACCACCCUGACUUACAGUGAGCUUUGGGUGUACUAAAAAUGAAGCAAAUGAAGCAGCAACACAUGACAAUGUCACUGUACUGAGCGCUGUCAGGCAGUGCUGGGAUCCUGGCUGCAUUUCUGCUCCCCACAACUGAGCAAUCACAGCUCCUGCCUCACAAACAAUCAGAAACGCAACCAAGUGAGACCAGAGAGAGGAGACCCUUCCAGUCUCCCUUGGGCAUGGCUGCAAAACAGCUGCGGCUUCUUUCUCCUCCUGUAUUUGGGGUUUGCUGUUCCCACAGCCAGGUUGUGCUCUGUUUUCCAGACUGUUCAGAGCAGACAUGAAAAGUGCUCCGUGCACAGAGGAGAGUCCUGGAAGGUGCUUACAAGAGCAUCUAACCCAAAUCUACCCUUUUGCAGUUUAAACAUGUGGUUUUCUCCAGCAAGAAAGAGCUCCUCUGGCUCUGUCAGUGCCUGUUCUGCUGCCUUUGGGCUACCUAAUAUUGGGAUAAGGAACUACACCAAUUCCAGAGUCUGCAGUGACAACCAAGAUGCUAAAUUUGAGAUUGGCAAGUUGGUAUGCUGACUAUAUAAGGCUAAACUGGAGUCCUAAAGCUCCUUUGAUGCUGUGAUGUUUUUUCAGCAGCUGAGAACUUGAGUACAAUUGCAGUUUUGCUCUCAGCUCUAGGAAUCACAGAAUCCCCCAGCAGUUUGUAUUGGAAAGUAUUUUAAAGACCGUGUAGUUCCAGUUGCCUGGCUAUGGGCAGGGACACCUGCCAUUAGAACUGGACUAAUCCAUCUUUACCUUCCCUCCUCUGGAUUUUGAUCUAAUGUGAAUAUAUCAGCUGGUUAGAUUUUGUAGCUCACAGAAAUAGGAACAGGAGUUUCCCAAUAUCCCAUCCAAACCCACCCUCUGGCAGUGAGAAGCCAUUCCCCCUGUUACUCCAGGUUCUUGCCCAAAGUUCCUUUCCAGCUCUCUUGGAGCCCCUUUAGGCACUGGGAAGGGCUCCCUCGAGCCACCUUCAGGCUGAACAUUCCCAGUUCUCCCAGCCUAUCAGUGUAAUGCUCCAGUUCCUGGACCACUUCCUGGUCCUUGCUGGCCUCCUCUGGACUUCCUUGAGGCCCUCUCCAUGCAUCCCAAAGCCACCACAGCUUGCACAGACAGAAGCUGCCCUCAGCUGCCUUAAGGGCAGAGCACACACAAACCUUCUGCUGUUGAAACACGGAACUGGGGAAGAGCAGCCUGACCUCCCAGCACUGCUAGAAAACUUUUCAGCUGAGGAAAUUUUGUUUCACUGGAGACAGCAGCUCCCCCUUUGGCUUUAAACACAACCAAAGGCACAGUCAUUGAUUAGAGGCUGAAUAAAAUGAUGUAUUCCAGUCCUGCCCACCUCUCCUUCAGGAUACUGACAGGCUGCUGAGUUCAGACAACUUCUCUUAAUGAGACAGAUUUUUUUCACAAUCAUGCCACCAGAGAACAAACAGGGAUAAAGCACUUUUAUUUACACUUACUCAGUCUGUAAAACCAUGUGUACACCACCAUCAUUUAAAGUGCAGGCUACAUGUCUUCUGAAUAAACUGAAGGCAUAACAGGUACUGUGUAAGAUAAAAUACUGCCACCAGUAGUUAUACAACUAACUACAAAUGCCAGUAGCAUAGUUCAAACCCUGUCCAGCUUAGUGUGUUACU